UGUGGUGUAAGCCAAAGAGUGUCGGCCUUAAAGCAGAUGACGACCUCAACAAGCUCCGUAGCAACAGCAGCUUCACCAACUCGUCAUCGGAGGGAAACAGCUCCGUGGUUACAGACGGCGCCGCCUUCAGCAACGAGUCAGCGUCACUGCUCACGCCACUGCUGGCGUCGGCGUGUGUGUGGAGCAUCCCCGUGCUCUACGAGGAGGUGGACGUUCUGUCGCUCCGAUUCACGCCCGUCAACGGGCCCAAUGUCAGCGUUACAGACACACACCCCACGCUGCUCACCUACCCGCUGUACACACAGGCCACCGGAGGGACGCUCAACCUGCAGCUCACACUCAACACUACUAAUGUGACCCUGGGGAACAGCAGCAGCGUGGUGGCCUGUCUCUCUCCGUGGGCUCCAGUCCUCGAACUCAACCACUCUCAACCCUGUCGCACAGCUCUGUUUGGAGGAUACGGUGUUCGUGUGAAUGUCAGUGCUCCCAAAGCUGUGGUCAGGCUGCCUUUUCCUCAGUCAACAACAUGGUACCUCACCCUGCAGCUUACCUGCAACAGCAGCGACUGUGGUAAUACAUCGUUGGUGUCUGUGGUCCCAGAGGUGUUCAUCAGUGCCUGUGUGCAGGACUGUGGGACAUACGGUGAAUGUAGACUGCUGAGGUCCUACAGCUACCUGUACGCUGCCUGUGUCUGCAAGGCUG